AUGGGCAGAAGCGAAAGGGGCAGAUUCUGAAGCAGGGCGGGUUGUCCCAUCAGGCUCCCCCGACAGCGCCGCGUGGGGGGCCGGGCAGCCCCCCAAUGGCCCCGCGAGCCAGAGCAGCGCGCCCGGCAGCCGCUGCCCAGCGCCUCCUUAAUUCAGCUCGGGCAGCAGCGGCGGCGCAUGCGCCUGCCAUUGGAGCGCUCUCCAGCGGCUCUCCGGCUGAGCGGGGCAGAGGGGACGGGAGUCGCCGGGGUCUGUUCCAGGAGCGGGGGAGAGAUGGCUGGGGAGAACCAGCACCAGACCCUCAGGAAGAGCAUCGCCGCCCAGCCGCCCGCAGCGCCGCCCCGGCCGCCCAGGAGCAGCAGCUCCGAGCGAGUGACUCUGAAGAAGGAGAUCGGGCUCGUCAGCGCCUGUGCCAUCAUUAUAGGUAACAUUAUUGGUUCUGGAAUCUUUAUUUCACCAAAAGGAGUUCUGGAACACUCUGGGUCAGUGGGACUAGCUCUUGUUGUUUGGGUGCUUGGAGGAGGAAUUGCUGUCCUUGGAUCUUUAUGUUAUGCUGAGCUAGGAGUUGCUAUCCCGAAAUCAGGAGGGGAUUAUUCCUAUGUCACGGAGAUUUUUGGUGGGUUAGCUGGUUUUUUGCUGCUAUGGAGUGCAGUGCUUAUCAUGUACCCUACCAGCCUGGCUGUUAUCGCACUGACAUUUUCAAACUAUGUUCUACAACCGGUGUUCCCUAAUUGCAUCCCACCUUAUAAUGCCUCCAGGGUCCUCUCCACGGUGUGUUUAUUACUCCUGACUUGGGUGAACAGCUCCAGCGUUCGAUGGGCAACUCGCAUCCAGGAUAUAUUUACAGCAGGAAAACUGUUAGCCUUGGCCCUUAUCAUUACUAUGGGCUUCAUACAGAUCUUUAAAGGAAACUAUGAAGAACUGACACCAAGCAAUGCAUUCAAUUUUUGGAUGUCUCCAUCUGUGGGACAGUUAGCAUUAGCUUUUCUUCAAGGGUCAUUUGCAUUCAGUGGGUGGAACUUCUUGAAUUAUGUAACAGAAGAAUUAGUUGAUCCCCGCAGGAACCUACCUCGUGCCAUAUUCAUAUCCAUCCCAUUGGUGACAUUUGUGUAUACAUUCACCAAUAUUGCAUAUUUCACUGCCAUGUCACCUCAAGAGCUCUUGUCCUCCAAUGCUGUGGCAGUAACAUUUGGUGAAAAGUUACUGGGCUAUUUUUCCUGGGUUAUGCCAGUCUCAGUGGCCUUAUCUACAUUUGGAGGAAUAAAUGGAUACCUUUUUACCUCAUCAAGGUUAUGUUUUUCUGGAGCUCGUGAAGGUCACUUGCCCAGCUUGCUUGCUAUGAUUCACGUUAAACACUGCACCCCAAUCCCUGCCCUUCUAGUGUGUUGUUUGACCACUAUUAUCAUCAUGCUUGUUGGAGACACGUACACAUUAAUUAAUUACGUAUCGUUUAUUAACUACCUCUGCUAUGGAGUGACAAUCAUAGGCCUGAUUGUGUUGCGCUGGAAGAAACCCAAAAUCUUCAGACCUAUCAAGGUGAAUCUCCUUGUUCCAGUCACUUACUUGCUAUUUUGGGCAUUUCUACUGAUCUUCAGUUUCUAUUCUGAGCCAGUUGUCUGUGGAAUUGGACUAAUUAUCAUAUUAACUGGAGUGCCCGUGUUUUUUCUCGGAGUGUACUGGAGAAAUAAACCAAAGUGUGUAAAUAGGCUAGCUGAAUCCAUGACAUACUGGGGACAGAAGUUGUGUUUCGUCGUCCACCCUCAGGAGGGAGCUCCAGAAGAGGAUGAUCUGCCUUUCACUCAUUCUCAGCUACCAGGAAGUGAAAAGUCCUUGAAGAAACAGUGA